GGCGCCGUGCCGCGUGAGCUGGGGGCGAGUGGGUCGUGGCCCGCGCCGAGGGCCUGCCUCGUCCUGCUCGGGCUCGGCGCUGCCUUGGGUGGCGCCGCGGUGCUGUCCGCGCAGCGGUGGCUGAAGGACCUGUCGGAGGAGGCGCGGGCGCAGCUGGCGGAGCUCGAGACGGCCAGGUUUGCCGAGGGCGACUUCACCGCCGUCCGCUAUCGAGUGCGCGGGCGACGGCUUUGGCACCGCAGGGUGGUUACAGCGCCGGUGCCCGGGGGCGUCUCUGUCGUCGGGGCCCUCACCCCCGACCGCGACGAGCACGAUGAGGACCUCGACGAU